CAGGCUUCUAAUUUGUGAUGAAAGUCUUUCCAUGAUUGCCCAUGGCAAGCGUGCUUUGUCAAAAUGGCUGUGGCCGCGACUGCGGCAAGGGUGCUGAUGGUCGAGUUUUUCCAACAUGUUGCAAGAGCUGUGCGUACCUGAAAAAGGAGCGCGGCUUGUGCGGCCACGACAUUGACUGCGACAUCCGUGCCAAUGAAGCUGUUUGCCCUCCUUGGUACUGGAAGUCCGCGGCCGUUUGGCCUGAGCCUUUCCACGAGGAGGUCGGCGGGGAAUAUGUGAAAGAGAUGGGAACCAAGAUCCUGCAACGCCGAUUGCCAGACUGGAAAGUGGUACGCUGUGAGCGAAUAGAAGACGCAGUGCUCUGGGACAAGUAUACAGCCAAGCGUGCCCAGCUUCGAGAAAGAUCCGUAGCGAAGGCCAACAUACAGCCAGAGACGGCUGAGAGCAUCCAAUAUUCAGCCAAUACCACCCUUGAUCAUCGAGUCAAUGAAGUUUGGCUCCUGCAUGGUACCUCAGAGGAGGCAGCAAAGGCCAUUUCGCACAGCAACUUCCUGCCCAGCAGUGGUGGUUGUUUUGGCUCUGGUAUCUAUUUCGCAGACGAUGCGCGAAAGAGCAACCAAUAUGCCAGCAGAACAGCAGAAGACCAGAAGAUCAUGCUCUUGUGUCGAGUGGCCCUGGGCGGUGUGAAGGUCUUGCCCGAAGGCCAAGAUCGCAGCGCAGAUCGCUUUGCUGCCGAUCCGUCGAUCGACUCCAUUCUUGGCACCACCGAUGCCAAAGAGUUCGUUGUGUACGAUUCUGCUCAGAUCUAUCCGGAGUACAUCAUGUACUACCAAGAGAUAGGCACUGCCUGAGGCCUAAAGCAUUACCGUGCGGAGCCCGACGGAGAGCCUCUGCGCCCAGCCAGGGAGCUUCUUCAGAAGACAUUUCUUGAUGCGGAUGCUGAGCUGGAGCCGCGCUGGCAGCUGAGUGCCAAAAGGGAUGCUGGCAGCACGUUGCUGGGUU